GGAAUCGGUCGGCUAAAAUAUUUUACCGACAUUUGAGGGCGUGUUUUAAAUAGAUAAACAUGCGAUUUAGUUGUUGUCUUUUGAAAGAUUACUAAAGGAAGUCAUGCCCAAUCCCAUGAUGCAUGUCUGUGUGUGUACAAGAAACAUGGCAGCGCCGUCAUACUCUAUGUAACCUGCGAGUAACUCUAACAUGGAGGGCUUCCCAUACCCUGGAGCUGGGAAUUUAUCUGAGGAAAGUUCAGGAAAGGAGCAGGGAGCCAGCGGAGGGACGAAAGGAAAACCUUGCAGAGCGUGCAUGGACUUUAAAUCAUGGAUGAAGUCUCAGAAGAAACAGUCUUCUUCAGCCACAACACAGGAGAGAGGGUUAGCUGAGGAGAAUGAGAAACCUGUGGAGUGUCCCCUGGACAGAGAGGAACUAGGGAGGAGCUCUUGGUCAUUUCUCCACACUAUGGCAGCGUAUUAUCCUGAUACACCCACCAAAACACAGCAAGAAGAGAUGACACAGUUCAUCAACCUGUUUUCAAAAUUCUUCCCAUGUGAAGAAUGUGCUGAGGACCUAAGAUCCAGAUUGAAAACGAACCAGCCAGACACCAGCAGCCGUCACCGUCUCUCACAAUGGCUUUGUCUUCUCCAUAAUGGCAUCAAUGUCCGGUUAGGAAAGCCAGAGUUCGACUGUAGCAAAGUGGACGAGAGGUGGAGAGAUGGCUGGAAAGACGGCUCAUGUGAUUGACCAGCCCAAACCAAAUCAAUUCACAGAGGAAAACAAAACAGACAUAUAGCUGCGCUUGACUUUGCUGCCUUUGUUCAUAAUAGACACAUGUGGCUUACUCUGUGUAGCGGGUCAAGUAAAAAGCAUUUAUAUUUAUGAUGAAGAAUGUCCUGCUCUUUCAUCUAAUAGAUGAUCAUUCAUAUUUUUCUUAAUGUACCAUGUCUUUUUCUAAUUCAGAGCCUGCUGGUUAGUUAAGGUGUUCAUUGCAGAUUAAAAUGAGUAAUGAUGCUAAUAAACCUAAUCAUGCUAUUA